AUGGAGAUGCUGUUUGUUGUUCCUCCGGACGCCAACUUCACAGAUUCCUUCACACCUUUUCUGGCAUCAGGCAUUGAUGAUUUAUCUUUCCUCGACGCUUCUGCCCUUCACCAAGCUGGCAUAAGCAAAUCAGGACUUGUCAUGUGUGUAGAAUUCCAUCUGACUACGAGUGGUUUUGUCGUUAUGAAUAAGCGGAAGAAGACUCCUGGGAGUGUUACGCCCAAAGAUGGUACCUCGAGCGAUUUGAUCAAAAGAUUUGAAUCUCUAUCCAAAACGAAGAUCUUCAGUGUAUACAUCAGCCCAAGUACUUAUGCGCAGGUGAAUUUAAAAAAAUUACACGCGGAUUUGAUUACUGCCAAACGCAAAACUAACGUGAAGGAAAUGUACGUUCAACAAGGGGCUAUGUUAGUGGAAUGGAGUAUGUUUGGACCUCCAAAUCGAUAUGACACAUUGCCGCCACAGGACACAUUACCACCGCCAUACACAAAAAACCCUACACCAUUAUUAAAGGAAGUGCAGGUUCCUCAGUCGCCACCAGUCAUGCUCAAAGAUGGAUCGCUAUCAAUUGAUACCAUCGAAGUGGUAAUUGCAGAAACACCGACUCAAACUCCAGUGAGCCCUACUUCCACACCGGUAAUGCAUGGCAUCUUCUCCAGCGUUGAAGAGUCGUUUGUCAGCGAACUGGACUUGGACGGUUUUGAAGAGGAAUCGAGAUACAUUACAACAGACUUCGACGUGUGCUCGGAUGAAGAAUCUCUCGCUAAAUUGAAUUCUCGAGAACUAAGUCAGCCAUCCACAUCCACAUGCGACUUAGCAAUUUUGAAUGGACUCCAGGCGAAGUUGAUUGAGUGGUUGAAAGGUGCAAUGACGCAAAACCCAAAUGUAUACAAGCACAAAGGUUUAGCUGGAAAGCUAUCACUUCUUGGUUAUUAUAUCCGUACAUCUAAUGCUGAAGGAUUUAAUGUCACUAGACUCUGGUGUUCUGCGAUAUUUUUCUACGAUCCGCUUGAUUCCAUCGACGCUCCCGAGACUCCCAAGUCAUAUCACCAGAGCAAUAAACAUCCCGUCUCACAGAUGUUCGACCUGAUUGAAUGGGCUAAUACGUUUCGCUAUGGCGCUGAGUUUAGUUCGCCUCUGGUGAAUGAUUUUGUGAAGCUAGGUAGCGCUGCUCGCUCCUUUGUCGCAUCUCGGACGCAGCAGAACCAAGAAAAUUUCGAUAAUCGGAAAAGUGUUUGCAUGGCUCGUAUAUUGACUGCAUUUGGCACAUCGGAUGUUGGUGAAAAGAAGCGCAAGGCUGUUUCUGGAAAAGAGCGCAAUCUCUUGGAAACUCCUGUCAAUGAGGUAUCUAAGCGAGCCAGAAUAUUAAAUGAAAGAUGA